AUGAAUCAAGAGAAAAAUGAAUGGUCCGAAUAUUUUAACGCCCAUCAAGUGCUGGCUAUUGGACUCAUAACAUCCCAUUUGGGUUUAGCGCCUAAAAUACUGGGCUGCCGGUAUUUCAGCGGUAGUGAUGAUCGCAACCCGAGAGCAGUAGCACUACUGGCGCAACGGUUGGCGCGAUUGCACUCAACGGAAAUGCCGGUCCCUAAAGACAAAUCGCAUGAAUUUAUAAACAAUAUUUUUGGCAUCAAAUGGUUUGAUGAAAGACAGAGACAGUCAUUACGUGAGGGAAAGACUUAUCAGGAAAUACAGAAACACCGAUACGAGACGUUUGAGACAUUGGAUCUGUUGGCAGAGAUGUCAUGGCUUAAGAAUAUUGUGGUCGACCUCAAGAGUCCGAUUGUCUUCUCUCACAAUGACUUCAAUCGGAAAAACAUUUUAAUGCGCGAAACAAACGAUGAAAACUCGCAACAAAUGGACAUUUAUUUUAUUGAUUUUGAUUUCUCAACGUAUAAUCAUAGGGGCAUUGAUUUUGGCCAUUAUUUCAGCAGUUGGGGUCAAAACGAUGCACAGUUUGGUUUGGCUGACUACCCGACAGAUGACCAGAUGCUGGUCUUCAUCGACGCCUAUAUCCGGGAAAUGACAGCAAUUAAUGGCAACUCUUUUACACAAUUGGAGAUCAAUUCACACCAAAGGCUUAUAAAGGAGGCCAAAGUGUUUUCAUUGGUUACAUUUAUUAUUGACACCCAGUGGUGCAUAUAUCAAGUAGAGUAUCAGGAUCAAACUGAGGCAAUGAUAAAUUCCGAGAAGAGGUUUAAAUGUUAUCACAAUCUGAAGAAACAAAUACAAAAAGAGUAUUCAUUAUAA